AUGUCACGCGAAAUUUACCCCAAGUACCCUCCGGACCUCAACGAGGAGCAGCUCCAGUACUUGAUUACUAAUGUCAAAGACUGGUCGAUCGCCAAUGGUCUUGCUGUGAGGCCAGUAACUUCUUGGAUCUCUAAGGAGCAAGAUCCAGUCGGCUCGCUUGCAGUCACCGCUCCAGUCACUCUCUUCCCGAGUCUGUUCCCCCGGAAUUGCUUUGAGCAAGGUCUUGGCAUCCAGACUGCGUACAAUGAGCUUUACGCUGCCAUCGCCAGCAACGAGACUUGGCUCAAACAAAUUGUCGAAGAACUCGUGGAAGUGGAUGAUUUUAUCGCUGAGCUAUGGAAAGUCCACCAAGCUGUGAAGAAGGAAGGAUACGCUCAAGAUACUACGCUCGGACUGUUCCGCUCUGAUUACAUGGUUCAUCUCGACCCAACCCAAUCUGCGGCCAAACCUACUAUCAAGCAGGUAGAGUUCAACACUAUUGCUUCAUCUUUCGGCGGACUUUCUACGCAGGUCUCGAAGCUACACAACCACCUUCUGUCUGUCGACGCGUAUCCCGAAGAGACCUCAUCAACUAUCAAGACUUCAUCCUUACCACCAAGCACAUCAGUGCCAUCACUUGCAGGAGGUCUGGCGGCUGGUCAUCAAGCCUAUGGUAAAUCACGAAGCGGCUCUCCUGUUUGUGUCAUCUUCCUUGUUCAGGACCCGGAGCGCAACGUCUUUGAUCAAAGACAUCUCGAGUACACACUCUUCAACGAACACCAAGUCAGAGCGUUCCGUGUACCCUUCAACAAGAUCAUGUCUUAUACCAAGCUCGAUGGGAAGCGAACUUUGCUUUACACUCCCCCUCACGCGCCAGACAAGACGUGGGAGGUUUCACUGGUGUACUUCCGCGCUGGCUAUUCUCCGGAUGAUUACUCUGGCAAGGCCGACUGGGAUGCACGUCUUCACAUCGAACGCAGUGCGGCUGUCAAGUGUCCCAGCAUCUUGACUCAUUUGGCCGGUUCGAAAAAGGUUCAGCAAGUCCUCGCAACACCAAACUCGCCUCAUCUUGCCCGCUUCCUUCCAGAUAAGAGCAAAGCUACCGAAGUCUUCAAAACUUUCGCACCAAUCUACCCACUCGACAAGAGCGAAGCUGGCCAAGAAGCGUGCAAGCUCGCCCAGAACUCAGAGACGGCCACUCGUUAUGUCCUCAAGCCUCAGCGUGAAGGUGGCGGCAACAAUGUCUACCGCAAGGCUAUCCCUAAGUUUCUUGAGGAGACUCCCGAGUCGCACUGGCCGGCCUACAUUCUAAUGGAGAUGAUUGAGCCGCCAGCACUGACCAACACCAUCUUCCGUAAUGGAGAGGUCCAGAAGGGUGGUGUCAUUGGAGAACUAGGUGUUUACGGUGUCUGCUUGUGGAAGACGAAGAGCGGUGAGGACGGUGUACAAGAGAUGCUCGAGAACAAACAGGCUGGCUACUUGCUCAGAACCAAGGGUGACCAAAGUGAAGAGGGUGGAGUAGCGGCUGGCUUCGGUUCUGUUGACAGUGUCUGUCUUGUUGACGUUUGA